AAUAAAAACAAAAUUUAUAACACUUCCACGCGUAUAUUGAAUGAUAAAAUUAAAUGCGCGUAAACACAAACUUUAUGAAUAUCGUAAAAUAAAUCGAAAUUGGCUCAAGAAUUAGUCAUGGUAUAUUUUGUAUCGAGGUUUAAAGUUUUGUUACUAUUAUGUGCGUUACAAAUUUCGUCGAACAAGACAGAGAAAAUCUCAGUAAAUGGCCUACCAAAUGUUGGCAUUAUAUCGGCUUUUCUAGAACAAUUCAUAAAACCUUACAUAGAAAGUAUACAUCAUGAUAAUAAGGAUAAACCACGCACUGUGGAAGAAUCUAAAGUAGAUAAAGCUAUUAGACUUAAAAUGUCCCAGUUGAAACCUUUGCUUGAAGAUGGUCAAUGUAACUGUGAUGCAUCAAGACAAGCAGACACGAAGAACGAAACAGAAAAUAACUUAACACUAAAUGGUAACAAUGAAACCACAAUAAUAGAGUUUGUGAGUGACAGGAGGUCCAAAGAUAGGUCAUCGUUAAGGGAAAACAAACAGGAACUGGACCCGUUCCAAAGGAAUAUGAAAAGGUACAAAGCAUUGAGAUAUAUUAUAAAGCAGGCGUUGGACAAAGAAAAUGCUGCAAAUUCGACGAAGACACUCAUUACAAGAACACUGGACGAGAUGAUAGCAAUGCUGAUAGAAAGGCAGUGUACGUGGAAGAGUGUGGACACCACGGGCCUAAAUAACCGUAUAUUCAACCAUCCAAAGAACAUACGCAGAUCUAUGAAAUAUUUACAAAAGUUAUCCAACAAAGAAUGGAUGAGUUUACGAACGCAGUAUUUGAAUUUCCUUAGGUUUACAAAUGAUCAGAAGAACUCAUUCAUAAAACAGUUCCACGAGUUCUUUUCUUCGGUCAUAAACAACACUUGGGACCUGACUAAAUAUAGGGUACGAUGUCAACUUAUCAAACUUGAUGACAAGCCUCAAAAGGGGUCGUUAGGAAUACGAAAUAAAAAUAUAGUAAAAGAGACGACUCAAUGUGAUACUAUUAACGUAUGUGUAUGUGAAGAUGAAUUGAAAUAUUUUUUAAAGAAUUUUCACAGUCACCUUAAUGAUACAGCUGUUAGUGUGUUUAAAGAUUAUUCAGCCAUGUAUAUCAGAGACUUUACAGGAGAAAUAGAAAUCGACAAAGAUAUAGUAGGGUCCACUCUAGACACCCUUAGUAAAACCGCUGCAAAGAAAGUUUGUAAGAUAUACAGGAAGCAGUUAGAAAAUUUCACGCUGGACGAGGAAAAGGAGAAGAAAGCUAAUUUAGAUAAUAUCAACAACUUUAUAAAAUCAACAAAAGGUGAGGUGAAGACUGCCCUACUCCAAAUAGUGGAUUACGAACUGAGCGCAAUGAAAACAAAAUUAUUUAAGACUGUCAAGGAUGAUCUGGUAGUUAAUUUGAAAGCGGACUUGGAUAAUAUGCAAACACAGUACACAGAGAAGGUGUGUUCUCUCUUCGCGUCGUGUAAUGGUAAAAGUAUUGCUGGCGCUCCUGUCGCUGCAAGAAGAGUGGACGACAGUCAUUGGAAGUUUAAACCUAAAGAUGUUGACAACGUUUACGUUAAAGUACAAUUGUCUUUGGACGACGAAUUUAAGGAUUCUUUAGCGAGCAUUGCAAAAAUAAGACGGUGGGAAGGUAAAGAUUUGACACACAGGUCUAACAGGGGUCUGCCAGUCAGAUUGGAAGAAUUCCGACAAACUAAUCUAAGUGUUACUAGGACUACACUUAGUUCGACUACAUGGUUGGAAAUGACUAGUGCUAAGAUACUAGCCCAUAAGCACCCAACUACAAAGACUACGGGUUUCAAGGUUACCAGAACAGCGACUCCUAAAAAUACAUUAAUCGCUCAUCACGCAACUAAAAGAAAACAUUCCAGACGAAAAGAUAACAUAAAUGAGGUUUAUAAAAAGUAG